GAAAAUUGUGUGUCAUGGGAAACUGUGUUGUUGUGGGUCGUUCAACUCAAGAAACAGAUGGCCAACAUACAACACGUGGUAUAGUUGGUGGAUGGUUCAAAGGCAAGUCUAAAAAGGGUAGUACUGGCUCUACUUGGAACGGAAUUGUACAACUUCCCAAACCUUGGAAAGCAGAACCUCCCUUUGGACCACUGACAGAAACGGAGUUGAAAAGAAUGAGAGAAGAAUUUUGGGAUACUAGAACAGAAGGUCGCCAAGAAAUGUGGCAAGCUUUAAAAGCUGCAGCAGAAACAACUGAAGAUACCUUGCGAAACGAAAUUGUAAAGGCAGCUGGUUUGACACCUGCAAACAGAGAAGCAACUUUAGAGUCGUGCUACGAUGAAUUGGGUAAUUACUAUGAAGUACCCGUAUAUUGUUUGAGAGAUCCCGACAACUUGGUUCGGUUGGAGGAGGAAGAUAACAACGAUGAGGAAAAAAAUAACAAUGCUUAGAGUUUGUGAAGAGACAGAUGG